AUGGCGCGCAAAUCCGGCCGCGUGAGAGCUUCCAAGGCGGUCUACACCGAGGAUCUAUUUGCAGUCGCCGGCAUUAGUGAUGAUGAACCCAAUGAAAAAUCUUCGAAAAGGGCCAGACGAUUGAAGCAAGAAUCCCCUUCGGACGAUGAAUUCGUCGGUGGCGAUGAUGAAGAUGAUGACGACGUGGAUGACGAGGAAAUGGAAGAUGCAGCCGCCUCUGAAGAAGCUGAAGAGGAAGAGGAAGAGGAAGAGGAAGAGGGAGAUGAAGGGGAAAGGGAAGCAAAGGAAGAUGGAAGAAAAUCUCCCGAGGAGAUGGUCGUCAAUGUCAACGCGUCCGCAUUCAUUCCCAAAAAGAAAGCCGCGGUCUCAACCGCACGACCUAGAACAAAAGGGCCUGAUGGCUCAAUGGAGAUGGAUCCCAAUGAAUCGCAUUAUCGGGGCGGCCUGAAUCACAACAACAAUACAUCGAAAGAAAUGCUCUAUAAAUUUGCAUUUGGAUCAGACGACCGGGAUCUCUUUACCGCAUUGUAUCAACGAGACCAAUGGCUUGAAGCUGGAGAUGCAUGCCUCCCCCGUCGCAAUACUCUUGAAAAUCCAAAAAGACAACCCGACUACCCGUAUGGUUCUACUUUAGGUCUUAGCCUCGAGGAUUUCGAGGCUGAGAAAGAAUCCGCGUGGGAUUGGUAUUACGAUAAAGACAUUGGAGACCAAUUCCGGGCGAAACAGAAUUUUGAACAACUGAAGAAAUUGGACAUCAAUGACUAUCUCGCGAAGCCACCAACCGAAAAACAUACAGUUCUUAUGGGGCCAGCAGACCAGCAGACCCAUAUCAAUCUGGGCUAUGAUGAACCUUAUGAUUACAGCAAACUCUGGGAUUUCACCAGCGGAGCAAAUAACCAAAAACCCAGAAAAUCUGUCCGUGAAGGCUGGCUGAUGAGUUUUGGUUGCAGAAUUCAAUGUUUGGCCUGGGCGCCAAACCAAGAGGGGCUUUCUCAAUACCUGGCUGUUGUGGUUCCAAUCACCGAAGCACAGAAGAAGAACUGCAGCUCGCUUGGAGCGGAUUCUAGAAAUGCAUUUCAGCCGACACCUGCUUAUCCUUGUGCUUUACAAGUGUGGGAAUUUAAGGGAAAGGAAAUUGAUUGUUCCACCAAAUCGCUCGAUAUGAGCAUAAAACCGCAAAGACGAUUGGUCGUUUGUACAAAUUGGGGCGAUAUACGCAGCAUUGCUUGGUGUCCAAUGCCCCGACAAGAGCGCCCCGAGGACAGCCAGGGAGACACACAAAGUAUAGGACUUUUGGCCGGCAUCUGGGGAGACGGAAAAGUGCGAGUUUUGGAUAUCAAGGUGCACCGGGACUCUUCGCAAGAAGAAUAUGUUCGAGUCACCUCCCCCGUUUUUGAGGCUCGGCCACCUUCGGCUCUCUGCUCAUGCGUGACAUGGUUGUCGCACAGUGAUAUAGCAGUGGGUUGCUCUGAUGGCCAUGUCGCUGUCUGGAGCAUCCUGCCUUCAUCAUCUCCAGAGCCACACCCAUAUUUUUACCGACUGAUUCAUUCCACAUGGGUGUUGAGUAUAACAUCUGCUUAUCCGAGCAGCCCUCAUCUUAUAAGCACGAUUUCUAUGGAUGGCGAAACCCAACUCUGGUCAAUGGUUGAACCCCAGGCCGAAAUGACCUCAACGGUGCGCAUGCGUAUGGCUGCCCGUCACGUCAGCUAUUCGCCUGUUUUGCAAUCCGUCAUUUCGAUUGACGAAAACGAUUUUGGGCGUAUGAUGCCCAUUCGCCGUUUCUUCUCAUCAACGGCGGUAGCAAACCUGCCCAGUUCAGUGAUCAGUCUCGCACCCUGUAGCUCCUGGCAUCCUUGUAUCCUUCUGGGGGGCACGGGGGGUGAAGUCACGGCUACCAAUCCAUUUCGCAAGCUUCUCCAUACCAAACCGGAACACUGGCAACAGUAUUGGUUCACUCAUGAAUGGGUGGCUGGGCCCAUGGCAGAUGGCUCUGGGACGAGCCGUUUCUUCGACGGGUACAAAGCGGAAGAAAAUCAACUGGCCAAGAAUAUCGCCAGUAGAACUCGACAGGUUGCAGAUUGCAGCACCACCACCAUCUACGAGGAAGGUACCCACGUCACGGCGCUUGGCUGGAAUCCCAACCGCCGAUGUGCGGCCUGGGCUUGCGCGGCAUUGGGCUGUGGCCUGUUACGGGUCGAGGAUCUGGCCAUUUCCUAG